CUCUUGGCCUGAGGCCAAUUGAUUUUGGUUUGGUGGCCUAAAUCUGUGACUGGCUACUGCUGAAAAUAUUUAUGGCUGAGCUUAGGAUUUGAUUUGAGCCUAAAUAAGCCAUUUUCCUCCUCUCUGGCUUUUGUCUUUCUUUCUUCACAGGUUUACAGCUGCCUCCUCCUCAGAAGAAAAAAAUAAUCGCUUGACCAACACGUAUCAUGGCCUUGGAGACCUCUCAGAGCUCUGCUCCGGGUUCGCCAGAUUGCGGGGACGUUUCUGUCGUCUUUGUGGGGAAAUCCGGGGUGGGCAAAUCGGCUCUCCUUAAUGCCGUGCGAGGGAUGACGGAAGUUGAUGUUAGAUCAGCUCCUGUGGGGAGCCUGGUGAAAUCUGAGACACCCAUCAUGUACCCUGACCCAUCUCACCCUAAUUUACUGCUGUGGGAACUGUCGAUGGAUGGCAAGGGACAACACACAGAUUUAUGGACGGAGGAGGCCAACCUGCUUGUCUUGGUAACCGAUAACAGGUUUGAAGAUUCCCACACCCGCCUGGCUCUGAAGGCCCAGAAGGCGGGCAAGAAGGUCUAUUUCGCUCGGACCAAGGCUGAUCUGGAACUUCACACUCUUAAACGGUUGAUGGGGGAGUGUUACAAUCGAUCUGAAGUCCUCCUGGCCCUCCAGAGGGUCUGUGCUGAAUCCCUGGGGACCCUCCCUUUCAGGAAACCCUUUAUAUUCCUGAUCUCGGCUUUUGAGCCUUAUGCCCUCGACUGCCCCCAGCUGCGAGAAGAUUUGCUGAAGGAUGUCCACCAGUACGAGAGGGUGCUAAAGCCCACCCACUUGAGCUUUGAACCCAUCAGUGAACAAGAGAUUGCCGAGAUCCAGGAAGCCUACGAACUGGGAGGCCUCUCUGAGGUGGUGACCCGAAUCCAGUGCAGUUUGGAAGCGAUCUGGAACAGCCAGCUUGAUAUUGCGGUCACAGGAGAAUCAGGUGCUGGAAAAUCCACAUUUGUUAAUGCCUUGAGGGGUAUGAGUGAUGAAGAGGAAGGGGCUGCCAAAACAGGUGUGACAGAGACCACAAUGCAGCCCACGCCAUAUCCUUAUCCUGGGCAUGCCAAUGUCACCCUGUGGGAUCUCCCUGGUAUGGGAACUCCCAACUUCCAGGCUGAUGGGUACUUAGAAGCUGUGAAGUUUUCCCAUUAUGAUUUUUUUAUCAUUCUGGCUACUGAACGAUUUAAGGAAAACCAUGUUCGGUUGGCCAAAGCCAUUGUCCGGCAGGGAAAGCAGUUCUACUUUGUACGCACCAAGGUAGACAAUGAUUUGGAGGCCGUGCGGAGAAAGAAGAAUCCGCCCACCGAAGCAGAAGUUCUGGAGUUGAUCAGAAAUGACUGCCAGAACAAGUUUUCCGAGGCUGGGCUGGGCAGUGCCAAGGUGUUCCUUCUCAGCAGUUUUGAAAUCAACAAGUUUGACUUCCAGGCUUUUGAGGAAACCAUGGAGCAAGAAUUGCCAGCCCAUAAGCGCCAGGCUUUUCUCUUGUCUCUGCCCAAUAUCUCCACGGUGAUCAUAGAGAAGAAGAAGAAGAUCCUUCAACAGGAGGUCUGGAAGGUGGCUUUGAUUUCUAGCUUGGUAGCUGCUGUCCCUUUGCCGGGCCUGGCCUUCACCUGCGACGUUUCAAUUUUGCUGAGGAAGUUGACCACUUACCGGCAGGACUUUGGCCUCGAUGCAGCAUCUUUGUCCCGACUGGCGGAUCGUUCUGGGAAACCCAUGGAGGUCCUGAGAGCAGAAGUGCACAGUUCUCUGGGCCGUAGCAUUAACAUGGACGUGGUGAUCAAGUUGCUGGGAAAGGCCACGGGCACAGGCCUGAUGGUGGCCAACCUUUUCGUCCACCAGAUCCCGAUUUAUGGAGCACUGGCCUCUGGGGGUAUUUCUUUUCACACCACUUACUCCAUGUUGAACCAGUGCCUGGAAGAGCUGGCUGCUGACUCCCGACACGUUUUUAUGAAAGCCUUUGAAAGUGCCGUCUGAUGUGGCUACAACAGUUUACCCUUCUAGUUGCCUCCAGGUGGGCUACAACUACAGUUCCCAUCAUUCCCACCUGGCCUGGCUGCAGUAGAAUGAGAUGACUUUCCUUACUCCCAUUUCUGAUCUUCCUUGGAUGCCUUGUCAUUGAUAUUUCCUCAGCUUCUAUCACUAACAAGCUACUAAGUACGGUUGCCUAUAAAGUCUUGAGGGCUAGGAACGAGCGUUUGCUUCGCUUUGAUGUUCUGGAGAGCAAGCUUAGAUGAGCCGCUUUGUCUCAGUUCCAUCAGCCCUGUAAUUAUUUACUCUCUGAAAUGUAUUGUCCGUCUCAAUUCUGGCAUGGAUGUGCUGAGUUUGAAUGAAAGGUUAAGGGUUUUGUUGCACAUUACUGCCCCAGCCUCAGGAUGGCUAACCAGAAAUGUGAAAGGAGGAGAAAAGAAAAGUGGGGUUCAAUAUUUGGUGGGGUGUAAAUCCUUGUCCUGUUUUCCAGAGCUAGAUCCCAGUGUAAGCCAUGGGGCUGACCAACAGCAAGGCUUGUUGGAGCACAAGGUUCAAUCUAAGAUUUCUCUGUUGCUUUACUUCUUGGUGGCACUCUCUCGGCUUGCCACUAGAGGGUGGUGCUGUGCAUUUGUUGGAAUAAAAAGCAUCUGGAUCUGUUUCUCAACUCAAAGAGUAACUACAACUCUUUUAGUUUCACUGGGCGCCUCCUUGUGGUGACUGCUGGAUAGGGUAGGAUGGGGAGGUCAACCCCAUCGCACCUAAGAUCCAGGCCACCCGCCUGUUGGGCUUACCCCCUGCAGGGGUCUUUUCUGCUGGUUCCUAAGCAACAGAGAAAGAAGCGUCUUGAUCCCCCUGGAAUGCAAGACAACAGAAUUCAGGGAAACGCAAGAGGCGUAGAGGAUCCUUCUGGCAGUACCGUUACCUCCAGCUCCAGUCAAUUCAGCUUUCAUCCCAGCAGAGCCGGGGCGUGCACAAAUCUCAUUGCCCUCCUGUGGAAUUGGAUGCUGAGCGAGUGGCAACUCUUCCGUCCAAAUGGCUGACCUGGUCUACCAAGGAUGAAGAGGCUCUGCAGCAGCAUGCAGACCAACUCUGGAGUGUAUUGUCCGUCUUCUCCAGCUGCUGGUCCCCUUCUUCCUGGGACGCUCUGUGGGGGCGAUAAACAGCUCCAAUUCCUUAGGUGGGUGUCUCCAGCAUCAGCUCCUCAGCCUUUGCCAUCUCCAGAUGCAUCCCGUCCAUCCGCUCGGGCAGCCUCUGCUUCAGGCUCUGUUCCUGACUACUGGUGGAUGGAGGAGCAUCUUAUGCAUUUUGCUAUUAAAUACCUCCAGGAGCUUAAAAUGGGAGUGGACACCCUGAUUUCCAUUGCUCGUGGCCUUCGGUCUGGUGGUCUGACUUUACUGCAGGGUGUGGAACUUCUACAGGAGCACGCCCAGUGUUGGUUUCCCCAUAAAUGGAAGCCAUCUGCUGCUUGAUUGGACUAAUAAAUCUAUCCUAAGUCCAGACUGGGCUAACAGAUCCAUUUGCAGGGCAAACUGUGGCAUCAUUCAGCACCUGUAUAAACUUCGAUGGAAGGAUGCUGCCUCUACCAUGCUAUUGGGGGGCUGAAAGAAUGCAUCUUGUCCUACACCUGUACUACCUGAGAUGAACAGAUACUGGUCAUUGGUCUUUGAGACUCCAAGUCUGAUUGACAGAACCACCUGUGCUACCUUCUGUUGUUUUGUGGCCUAUCCUGGAUGUCAUCCAGGAUACCCAGGGGAAUUCUGGGAGCUGAAGUCCACCCAUCUUAAAGUUGUUGAGGCUGAGCAACACUGAUCUAGAUAGAUGUUGAAUUGCAAUUGUUGUGUGUGUGCCUUGAAUGUAUAUCAAAUUGCAUGCUGAGCAAAUGACCAAACAAGAGCCUUUCUUCCCUGUUUCCUCCCAUGCUAUAGUAAUGUUUCCCAGACAUCAUUAAUAAAAAGAACUUAAAGAAAGCCUUC